AGCCAGCAUAUCGGCGGUUUAGCCACACGUCUCGAAACACAAACGCUGCAGAGAGCAACCCAAAUGCACUCCUAAAGGAUGGACGUGGAGGUGAGUGCUGGCAGGGACAGCACCUGGAGGAGGGCAGCGGCAGCGGCAGCAGCAGAUGAUGCGGGUGGAGGAGGCAUGGAGGCUCAGGUCGUACCGCUGGAGCUCUACGACUCUGCAAGAGCCAAAAUAGACGCAAAUCUCCGCUGGUUGUUUGCCAAAGCUUAUGGUAUAGAUCACAUCCCUGCAGACCUGCGGAACCCCUUCUAUACCGACCAGUAUGAGCAGGAGCACAUCAAGCCGCCCAUCAUCCGCCAGCUGCUGUCUGGAGAGCUCUACUGCCGGGUGUGUGGGCUCAUCCUGCACGCCGAGCAGGCCGCCUCACUCCAAAGCCACCAGUCUGUCAUCCAGGCCCUGUCCAGGAAGGGCAUCUAUGUCCUGGAGACGGACAACACACCCGUCUCUGAUCUGGACCUCAGCUCGACUUCUAUCAAGAUGAGCUCCCACAUCCACCUUAUUGAUGCCCUGAUGAUGGCCUACAUCGUGGAGAUGAUCAGCAUAGAGAAGGUGGUGUCCAGUGUCAAGCGUUUUUCGACCUUCAGUGCCUCCAAGGACUUGCCUUUUGACCUGGAAGACGCAAUGGUCUUUUGGAUCAACAGGGUGAACAUAAAGAUGAGGGAGAUCAUGGAAAAAGAGCUGAAAAUGAAGCAACAUUUGCUGGAUUCACCGGGUCACCAGAAGGUGCGUUACCGCAGAGAUCACAUGUCAGGUCGAGCACUUCAGCACUUCCCUCUGUUGGACGACCUAAUGAAGGAUGUGUGUGACGGCACAGCUCUGCUGGCUGUGAUCCACUUCUAUUGCCCAGAACUCAUUCGACUGGAAGAUAUCUGUCUGAAGGAGGUCCCCUCCAUAGCAGACACAAUGUACAACAUCCAGCUACUACAAGAGUUUUCUCAUGAAUACCUGAACAAGUGCUUCUAUCUGAAGCCCGAGGACAUGUUGUAUUCUCCACCAGUACUAAAGAAUAACGUGAUGGUCUUCAUUGCUGAGCUCUUCUGGUGGUUUGAGAUCGGGAAGCCAGAUUUUGUGCAGCCCAGGGACCUUCAUGAAAUCAGAGAUGUGAGAUUGCUGCUGCAGCCCAAGACUUCCAGAUCCCAUAUUCCCAUCUCCAACGUCACCAAACGUAGUUUCAUGACAUCAUCAAACUCUGCAGACAUCUUGACCACGUCCCCGAGUCCCGACCUCAGCAGUAAACCAGUUUCCCUAAGCACAGCUCAAUCUUUACUGCCGCUGAGACAGAGACAACAGAAAGUGGCUGAGGAGAGCGCUUCAGGGCUGAGAAAUAGGUCAGACUCUCUGACAUGUGAUGGACAGCAUCAGGGCUCAAUACUGGCCUGGCCAGAGAGGAGGCAGAGGCCUUUAUCCCAGCCAGUGCCCUACGCCCUGGAGGACGACGCAGACAGUAUUAGCCUCGCUCGCUCCAUCAGCAAAGACAGCCUGGCCUCCAAUAUAAUGAGCAUUACCCCCAAACACAUGCCGGGUGCUCAACUGCCUCAACACAGGCUAAGUGGACAAAGCCUGCUUAGUCACAUGCGCAUAGAGGAUGAGGAAGAGGAAAUAGAAGAGGAGGAACUUGUUGCUGUAAUCCACCCUUCUGCUUUUUCUCGAUGUCGACUUGGGAGUGACAUGGAGCAGGAUGAGCUGGAAAUCCCAAGUGCACCGUCCACCUCCAGGGUUUCCAAUACUCGUUGUUCUCCCCGCCUUGAUGUGGGUCCCUUUCCUCCGGACCACCGGGCCGACAGCUAUUAUCUGGAGCCUUUGAUGCCUGCCAUCUCUAAGCCAGCCAAAGAGAAGAGCAUCAGCCUGAACAAGGAGGAGGAGAGUGGCGAGAGUCGCUGUAAAGCCAAAGCAGCCAUUAUUGUUCCAAGCACCUCACUGAGGAAAGCCCCUCAGUUAAACAAAAGUACCUUUACGCCUAUACCUGUGGCUGAAUCAGUCCCUAGCUCUCUCAGGCCACCUACAGAGGGGUCAUCAGGCAUCGCUCAGCCUGAGGAGAAGCAGUCCUCAGGCUUCUUCCUUCAUUUGUCGGGAGAGGCAGAAACUCCUUCCUCCACUGAGCUUGAAAUAGGGCAUGACUCUGACUCUGACAUUGCAGACCUCGAGGAAGACAAUGAGGAGGACGAGCAGAUGGCGCUGACUAAAGAAGUCCUGAGGAGAGGAAAGGGACAAUUCUUAGAGGGAGAGGGGUGUGAAUUUGGUGAGGGUGAGUCAGCCAAAUUGAGAGAAGACUUAAAGGUUAGUGAGCGGGACGAUAAGGAAGGUGGCAGUGGACGCUCAAGCCCUUGCCUCAGCACCAUAUCGUGGGCGAGCAGCUGCAGCGCUUCAUGCAGCACCAGUGUCAAGAUGACCAGCUUUGCAGAGAGAAAGCUCCUUAAACUUGGCCUCCGUGAUGGAUUCUCAAGCACCAGCAGUUCUCAGAAGACCACACCAGAUGGUUCUGAGGUUGCCCCCUGCUCCCCCUGGCAAGUGAGGAGUGACAGCACCUCUGGCUGGCUAGGAAAGGAGCCUAGUUCUGUUUUGGGGAAGAAUUUGGUGGCGAGCCCCCCAGUAGUGCCUUCAGAGCUGCUGCAACUUCACAUGCAACUCGAAGAGCAAAGACGAGCCAUUGAGUAUCAGAAGAAGAAGAUGGAGACCCUAUCGGCACGGCAGCGACUAAAGCUGGGGAAAGCUGCCUUCUUGAACAUCGUGAAGAAGGGUGGAGGGAAGAGUGAAACACUUCCCCUGCCUCUGAAACACUCAAAGCAAUUCUCAGAGCUAACUGACAGGUGUAAAAUAAAGACCCAGUCAUGUAGGGAUGACUCCUGUCUUGAUGCUCUGAAGGUGCAGGCAAAGGCAGGUCAAACAGAGGGAGGCCAGAUGAACAGGAACAACAAGCUGUCCCAGGACAAUGGGGCUGAACCGGACUUGAACGAGUGUUCCCACUCCAUAGAUCUUCUCAAUGAUGCUAUUAGUUCCAUCCAGCAGCAGAUGAUGCAGCUUUCUUUUCAGCAAGACCUGCUGAUGAAGCGGGUGGUGUCACCUCCAGAGCUGCCUAUGAAGCGGGUGGUAUCACCUCCAGAGCUGCCUAUGAAGCGGGUGGUGUCACCUCCAGAGCUGCCUAUGAAGCAGGUGGCGUCAUCCCAUGAACCUCCGAUGAAGCGCGUGGUGUCGCCUCCAGAAUGUGUUGAAUCAAGCCCCAGCACAACAACACAAUCAACAUCUUGUACCUCAGACCCCAGAUCGUUUGCAGUUCACUUUGUAGAUAUCAAUGGCAGCAACGUUGCCUCGGCUCGACGUCCUCCCAAGCUUAGCUCCAGCCAACGCGGCAAGGCCUUGGAGCUAAAACAGAGUAAAGAGAACAGCAAGAUGGCUUCACUCAAAUCAUAUUCUCAAUCCCUGGAGGGCAGAGAAAAUGCUGGUAGACUCCAGGACAGUGUUGUUGAGAGCUCCAGACCAGAGAAAAGCAUUCAGAGAAACUCCACCUUCAGAGUCCGCGAUGACCCCGACCAACGCAGCAGCGAUGGAGAGGGAACCGAGUGCUUCUUGGACAAUACUUUGUUGUCUCCCUCACAGGCUGCGGAACACAAGAACAAAAUUGCCAACUCAGGGAGAGAUGCUGUGGGUGGAGAUGAGAAUACAAGGGUCCAGAGUGAAGUGAUCGAGGUGGACCUAUCAGAGCGCAAGGAUCCACUGGUGGAUGGCAGUGCGGACGUUACAGACUGCACGGCAGAAGGCGAGCAGAAGAAUGUGAUAGGUUACUUCUUCAAGGACGAGGAGAAAGCAGAGGAGAAAGCGGAGGAUGAAAUGGCGAAACGUCGCGCCGCCUUCCUCCUCAAGCAGCAACGCAAAGCUGAAGAGGCGAGACUACGCAAGCAGAACCAAGAAGUGGAAAGUGAGGUCAAACGGGAUGAGAUCAGGCGCAAGGCAGAAGAGGACCGUGUUCGCAAAGAGGAAGAGAAGGCGAGACGAGAGAUAAUUAAGCAGGAAUACCUGCAGAGGAAGCAGGAAGCGCUGAUGGAGGAGCAAGGUCUCGUCAAGCCUCGCCCACGCACUAAAUCACGCAGGAGCAGACCUAAAUCACUUCACCGUGUAGAGUCCAACAGCCUCUCCAAAGGAUCAACCACACGUGAUUCUCUGAAGAAGUCCAUGUUGAUCAAAGCCCAGGGCUCAGCAGCAGGCUGCAGGGCAGCUGAUCUGAGCUGCAGUCAUCGAGGAUCAACGCUCUCUUUGGCAACUGAGGCAGACAGCGUCAUCUCUGGGGGGGCGGAGUCUCAGAGGGCUGGAUCUGUGUGCUCCAUGGAGUCGUUCCCCAUGCUGAGCAGGGCGUCGAGCAGGAACCUGGAGAGGGACUGGGAGAACGGCUCUAUAGCCUCUUCCAUCACUUCAACCGAGUACAACGGUCCUAAACUCUUCAAGGAGCCGAGCUCCAAGUCCAACAAGCCAAUCAUCAUCAAUGCCAUUGCUCACUGCUGUCUGGCUGGAAAGGUUAAUGAGACCCAGAAGAAUGUUAUUCUGGAGGAGCUGGAAAAGUGCGAGUCCAAUCACCUGAUCAUCCUCUUCCGUGACGGCGGGUGCCAGUUCCGGGCCAUUUACUCGUACUCCCCGGACACAGAGGAGAUCAUCAAGUUCACGGGCACAGGGCCGCGCUCCAUCGGCCGGAAGAUGAUCGACAAGCUCUACAAAUACAGCUCGGACCGCAAGCAGUUCAACGUCGUCCCCGCCAAGUCGGUGUCGGUCAGCGUGGACGCCCUGACCAUCCACAAUCAGCUGUGGCAUGUCAAGAGACCUGGGAGUGCACGGAGGAAGUGAGAAAGAGGACACUCGGUGUAGUUUUCUGUUCUAUCUACUACUGUUGGGCAGGACCCAAUAAUGUCUGAGGUGAUGGACAUGUGAUCAUGUGACUAACGUGUCUGACAAGGUGGUUAGAUGUUCUAAAUAAUGAAGACGUCAGUCUGAAUGUUUUUUUUUUUCUUCUUUCUUUUGUCUCUUUAGCUUUUUAUUUUGCAUGUCACACUAUUUAUUUGGGGGUACGUCCUUCAAAGAUUUGGCACUAUGGAUGACGCACUGAUUCUUAUGUAGCAGUGAAGAGGAUAUGGACCCUCAAGUUGAAUACCACUGAAUCUACUUAACAGUAGCAAGCCUACUACUGAUACCAAGUGCAACUACAGGCAGUGGUGGACAUUUACUUCAAAAAUGAUAUUUCAGCUUGGCAAAAAUACCCGACUGCUGUGAUUAAUCCAGGCUCCCCUAUUAUUCACCAGUAACUCCUACUGGUCAGUGCUUUUUGAAGAUGGAACUAACUUUUUUUUAUGUGAGGAUGGAAUGGAUUUUAGUGAGUGGUAAUGUCCAGUGUUGUUUUCUAUUCAGUGUGUUUGUGGGAAGCGCGUGAGUCUUUAGUGUUAAGGGAGGGGAGAGCUGAAUGCACCGCUUGUGCAUCCUGCUCUGAAUGUCUUCUCUCACUUGCUCUAUUCUGCUUUUUAAAAAAGGGAAACAGAACUACGGAGCCAAGCGACAUUUGUUAUUUGUUUUGUCGUUUGGGAGCUUUGUGCCGCUGAUACAGAGAUAGAAGAGAAAUAAAGUUUUACGGAAAGGGUGAAUUGUGCUAGUAUUCCAAACAGGAAGCGCUUUUCAGACUCAGUGCAUUAUACCUUUCAGUAGUGCAUUAUAUUGUAUUAACUUCAUAAUUAUAUUCCCCGUAAGAGCCAACUGAGAUCCCUGACUGGCACAUGUUGCUGAACCAAAAUGGACUGAGCUAUGCCACCGAGCUGUUUGCUGCUCAUUAACCGAUCACUAGAUUCUAGUGAGACGUUUGAUUUUAAUGUAGCUGCUGGCGCUCAACACUAGUAAUUUCCCUGUAAUAACUGGGUCAGCAGCUGGUGUAAUGUAGGGAGAACUGCACAAUACUUGAUAUUUGUUUUGCUGCAUUUUGUACAUUUUUGAGUAGUAUUUUCUUUUUUUUGGUACGUUACGUACAAGUUAUGUUUACUUAAA